AAAGGGAGGGGCAAAAACUGAGAUGACACGCCACACUUUAAUUAUAAAAGCAAAGGAGGAUAGCUUGGUACAGCUAGCUUUACGCAUUACUCUACAUACACGCAGCAACAAAGAUGGCAGUUUUACCUGGCAAUUACGCAAUUCCUUUACUUGGAGUCAGCAUCUUCAUUGCUACUCUAACCUACAUCACCUACAAGCUGCUCAGUGAUUACCUGCACAAAUGGUUUGAGAUGAAACCUAUUCCGCAGGUGGAAGGGACGUAUCCCUUCAUUGGAAAUGCACUGCAGUUUAAAACCAAUGCAGGAGAGUUCUUUCGUCAAAUUCAGGAUUAUACCCGUGAGUUCAGGGAUGCACCGCUGCUUAAACUCUGGAUUGGACCAAUUCCAUUUGUGGUUCUGUUUCAUGCUGAAACUGUUGAGACAGUUCUGACCAACCCUGUUCAUAUGGAAAAAGCCUAUGCAUACAAGUUCCUCCACCCUUGGCUUGGAACUGGCCUUCUUACUAGCACCGGGCCUAAGUGGCGUCAGCGGAGAAAGAUGCUGACUCCCACCUUCCACUUCUCCAUCCUGACGGACUUCUUGGAAGUGAUGAACGAACAGGCUGAGAUCCUGGUGGAGAAACUGGAGAAACAGGCAGGGGAAGGUCAAUUCAACUGCUUCAAUCACAUUACCCUGUGUGCCCUGGACAUUAUCUGUGAAACUGCAAUGGGAAAGAAAAUUUAUGCCCAGAGUAAUUCUGAUUCAAUAUAUGUUAAGAGCGUAUACAAAAUGAGUGACAUUCUAAGCCGCAGGCAGAGGACACCUUGGUUUUGGUCUGACUUUGUAUACAACUACUUUGGUGAUGGCCGGGAGCACGACAAGAUACUCGAGAUCCUACACUCCUUUACGUACAACGUGAUACGCGAAAGAGCAGAGAAGAUUUCCUAUACUGAAUCAGAGAGCGACUCUGACCACGGCGCAAAGAAAAGACAUGCAUUUCUGGACAUGCUCCUCAAGACCACAGAUGAGGAUGGCAACAGGAUGAGCCACCAGGACAUUCAGGAGGAAGUGGACACCUUUAUGUUUAGGGGACAUGAUACUACAGCAGCCUCCAUGAACUGGGCCCUACAUCUGCUGGGCUCCCACCCUGAGGUGCACAGCAAAGUUCAACAAGAGCUCCAGGAGGUGUUCGGUACAUCUGACCGGCACGUUACUACAGAGGACCUGAAGAAGCUCAAAUACCUGGAGUGUACUAUCAAGGAGGCUCUGCGACUGUUUCCCUCUGUGCCUUUCUUUGCCCGCAGCAUUGGUGAAGACUGCCAUAUCAAUGGUUUCAAGGUCCCCAAAGGUGCCAAUGCCAUUGUCAUUACCUACGCUCUCCACCGUGACCCGCGAUACUACCCUGAGCCUGAGGAGUUCAGGCCUGAACGCUUUCUCCCUGAGAAUUCAGUUGGAAGGCCUCCAUACGCAUACAUCCCCUUCUCCGCUGGACUCCGCAACUGUAUCGGUCAGCGUUUUGCACUAAUGGAAGAAAAGGUGAUCUUGGCAUCCAUUUUGCGUAAGUUUAACGUUGAAGCUUGUCAGAAACGUGAAGACCUGCAGCCGUUAGGAGAGCUCAUCCUGCGACCAGAGAAGGGCAUCUGGAUCAAACUGGAAAAGAGGAAACCCCAGACUUCAUCAAACUAGCACUGCUGGUCUUUAUUUACAGUACAUCCUUCCCAAUUAUAAAGACGGUGGAAGUCGUAAUGCUUUCCAUAUACUCUUUGAGAGGUCAGGGAGAGUAGUGACCUCGGUGUUUGGAUUUUAGAAUGUUCUCAUCAUCAUAGACAUCAUAAUUACAAAAAGUAAUCCUUAUGAAAAUAAAUAGAGAUUAUUUUUUGACAUUGUUAGUUUUUAGGGAAAUAGCUACACAAUGCACUAUUUUGGCUCUGUAUAUCAACAACUCUGCACUAUUUUUGUGCCCCAAGAAUGUUUUAACACGAAAAAGCACUGUACAAAUAAGUGAUUUAAUAAAUUUAAGUAUUAAAAUGCUAUAAACAGCUAAGCAAUGAUAGCAUUUGGGAAUUCAAUUAAAUUAUGAAAAUACUGAAAAUACUUUUUAAGAAAAAGAACAUAAUACUGU